AUGGAAUCAGGAGACCAGGCAGGAGAGACGUCAAAAAAGAAAAAGAAAGGCCCAUAUAUGUCAUGGUCAGAUCAAGAAUGUUAUGAGUUAACGGCUAUAUUAGUUGAUGCUAUCAAACGAGGCUGGCGUGACAAAAAUGGUACCAUAAGCAAAACUACGGUAGAGAGAAAAAUACUACCUCUUCUAAAUAAAAAGUUUAAAUGUAAUAAGACUUACACAAAUUAUUUAAGUCGAAUGAAGUCUAUGAAAAAGGAGUAUUCUGUGUAUGCUGCACUUUUUUGGUUUAGUUCUGGUUUUGGAUGGGAUCCCAUCACAAAACAAUUUACAGCUCCAGAUGAUGUGUGGGCAGCCUAUUUGAUGGGGCAUCCAAAUCAUCAUCACAUGCGAACCAGCACUUUCGAAGAUUUUGAGGAUUUGCAACUGAUUUUCGAAAGUGCUAUAGCAAAGGGAAACAACGCGUUUGGACUUGGUGGUGAUUCAAAUGCUGAAACUUUUGAAGAAGAAGAUGAUCUUCAAGCAGGGGAUAAUGUGAACCAUAUGGAGAUUAAUGACGACGAGGUAAAUGAAACACUUCCUAAAGAAAAGCUGCCUACUAGGAAAAGAUCUAAAACUAAUCGUAACGGAGAUCGGUCAGAUUCAAUAAAUCAUGGUGAGUCUUCAGAGAAGGUGCUAUCUGAAAUGAUUGGAGUUGGCACUAACAUCAUAAAUCUUAUUCAACAAAGAGAAGAAAGACAUCAAAGAGAAGUUGAGUUUAGGGAAACUGAGAAAAAAAAGAACAAUGUUUGGGAUGCUAUCAAGGAGAUCCCGGAUCUGGAAGAUCACAUCCGCUAUGAUGCAGUGACCAAGAUCCACACAUUGAAUUUGAAAGACGUAUUUGUGAGCAUGUCUGUUGAAGAACGCUUGGGUUGGAUUCGUCGUAACACUUAAUUAGCUUUUUAUUUUCGAUGCCCUUAAUAAAACAAUACUUAAUUUAGCAUGAAAGACUAGUUACCAGUUAUUUUUACCAAUGUCCUAAAGAUAGUCACAUGCCACUAUCAUUUUGCCGUGUGGGACUAAUAAAAAAAAUGUAGUGUUAUAGAAUACACAUACAUGUGUCUUCACUUUACAUUAUAUACAUUAAAUUUUGAUUGA